AUGGCCGUCCGAGCGUCGAGAGAGGAGUUGUACACUAAGUUCAAGGAGGCCGCCGCCCUGCCGGUGGACGACCAGGCCAAGGUCUUCCUGCGCGCCUUCGCCGUCGAUUUCCAGGGCGCCUUCGAGGAGGUCCUCGACGUCGCCAACGAGUGGAAGAAAUAUGGCGGCGGCGGCAUGGUGGACGAGUUCCAGGCCCAUCUCUUUCUGGAGAAGCGCGGCGAGACGCUCACGGUGGCGGCCCUGCGCGAGAAGCUGAAGGUGGAGGUCGACAUCGAGAAGAACCGCCAGGUGGCCUUCAUCGAGUACGCCCUGUGGAAGUGGGGCAAGAAGCUCGUCGACAUGUUCUUCCCCGACGUGCCCGUCGAUCCCGCCGCGCUGGCCGCGCUCGAGAAGGCCAUCGACGACUACCAGAAGGUCUUGGCGGUGAGGGCUGCGAGGGACCAGAAAAUGGCCGAGCUGGAGGCGACGGCGGCGCUGGGCGGCGUGAAGGGCAUGGCCGCCAAGGCCCAGCUCGAGCAGAUGAAGUCCGAGGACCUGCUGGAGCAGAACCGCCGCGAGGUCACCUCCGCCGCCAACAAGCGCAAGGCCCAGAGGGUGGUGGAUGAUGUGGAAACGCGCAGGAAGGAGGAGGAGCGGAAGAGAGAGGAGACCCUCAAGCUCGAGCAGGCGCGUCUGGCCGAGGAGAAGAAGCGCAAGGAGGAGGAAGAGGCCCGCGCCAAGGAGGAGUCUCGCAGGCGCCUCAAGAGAAGGCCUCGCUCUGGGGCAACUAGGCUCCUGUUUGGCUCAUGCCACCCAUGUACACUGUGA